UACAGUAUAUUUGGUGUCAAUUGAAUCAUCAAUAAUACGUAUUAUUAUUAAUAAUAUUAAUAAUAAUUGUUUCGUAUAUUUAAUUAGUCAAACAAUUAGUAUUAGUUUUUUCAAUAAUCAAUCAAUCAAUCAAUCAAAUGGACGCAAACGGCAAAUCGUUUUACCCGCCACUGUCUGGUCAGCCAUCGGCUCCACAGCCAUACUACCAGAACCAGCCAUACAUUCCGCCGUCAACAACGGCCAUACCGUCGGGACCGCCGCCUCCGUACACUCCGUACGCUGAUACUACACAAAUGAAAUACAAUGGCUACCAAUAUAUGCCGCCCACUGCCGCACCCGCCGCCGCUCCGUACAACUAUACGCACGGCUAUCCGACUAACGCGUAUCCAAGCACUGGUCAAUAUCAAUACAAUCCGUAUCCAACUCUACCGCCAAACUCGACAGUAGUUAUGCCAACUGGUUUCGAUGCGGGCGCCCGUUUUGAUGGUGUGGCCAGACCUAACAUUCCCCCGCCGCCUCCCGGUAUGGCACCCAAUGCCGCACAAUUGGCUGCAAUGCAAGGAAACAAUGUAGUGAUCGGACAGAAAAAGUCAUCCUUUUUCGAAGGAGGCAGUAGUGGUGGUUAUACCUUCUGGUGAGACACCAGUAUCUCAACAAAUAUACAAACAAAUCAACAGUAUUUGCAGUUAAUUAUCUAUAUAUAUACACACACAUAGUCUAACUGUCCAAACAAUUAUUGUUAUUUGUGUCUUAAACUAAGUCAAUAAAUAAUUGACCACAUUUUAUAAUCAAGUUUCCCCCCCUCCCGACAUAUCAGUAAAUAUGAUAAACUAUUGAAUAUUAUAAAUUUAUUAUAUAUUAUUACCCUAAUGUUUU